CAAUGACGUUUGUGAUUCAAUGACCGUGAGCUGUGUGACAUGAGUGUAAAGACAGCUUGCAAACCAAAAAAAUUACCGGUAUGAAUUUGUCUGGUUUAGUGUGUUGUUUGAGACGUUCGUUGUUACAGCUGGAAUGCAGAAUUAUACAGGCUACAGGACUUGACAGACAGUUUGCCCCAGCUCUAGCUGUCCAUGGCCCCAGCAUCCUCCCGCAGCCCCACGAUGAGCAAGAUGCGACCACGAAGCCCAGCUUCCUGGACAAUGUGUUCUGGAUGGCAGCACCCAAGAAGAGACGGACAAUAGAAAUCAACAGGACUAGAAGACGAGACCCAAGCUUUAUGCUCAAAGUUAAGACCAACAUUGAGCCGUGCGUGGAGUGUGGCCACCUGAAGCAGAAGCACAUCCUGUGUGGGUUCUGUUAUGAGAAGAUCAGGAAGGAGACAGCGCUGAUCCGAGGUCAGAUUAAAGCCCUGGAGGGCAGGCCUCUCAACACAGCAGUGCAGGAGACCCUGGUCCUGUAUGACAGUGAGAGUCCAGGGGAGUCCGACAAAGACAAGAGGAUAGUGGAGAGAAGCAGAAAACGACCCUCCUGGUUCCGUACCUAUUGAGGAUAGCAUUUAGUCACACCAGUAAUUAGUAUCGUUUAAUUUUUUAUAUCAACACGUGACAGAACCUUCAAAUGUGGUUUAUUUUCUGUCUUGUUAUUGGAACAUGGCACAAUGUAACAUAUUGUACACCGCUACACUUUAUAAGGAGCAUGCUAUACUUCUGUUGUUAAUGAGAAUAAAUCUUUAUUUGGGAAAAAAUAUA